GCCGGUAGCUGCUGUCCCGAAAAAGUUCCGCCGCGAGACUGUUCACCUUCAACGCAUCAUCACCUUCCUUUCACCUGCCAUUGGCUCACGAACCCAUCCGCCCAUCACCACCCCAUCUUGAUCAGCAGUCACCAUGGGUUUCUUCGACAUCUUCUCCGACCUCUAUGACUCCCUGAGCAUCCAGGCCGUCCAGGCCGAGGAGUCGCAGAACGCGGGUCCCGCUGACGACUCCCACGUCCAGAGCGUCGGUAAGGACACCAACAACGGCGGAGUCGGCCCCGCCCAACACGGCCGCGGUGGUGCGGUCGCUGGUGGUGCCAGUGCCAGCAGCCCGGCUCUCGGAAACCAGGACGAGAGCGACGAGGAGGCCGAGGUCAACAAGCAGGACAUCAAGAAGAACCAGGGCUCCGACGAGAAGGGCCACGUUGCUGGCUCAAGCAGCGAUGAUGAUGAGGAGGAAGAGGAGGAGGCCGAGGAGGAGGAAGAGGAAGAGGAGGAGCCUGAAGACUUGAAGCCCAAGUUCGAGGAGGAGUGCCUCCGAAGCGCACAGUGCGCCCCGGCCAAGCACCACUACGACGAGUGCGCCGAGCGUGUCACCAAGCAACAGGAGGAGACCGGCAAGGCCGAAGAGGACUGUGUUGAGGAGUUCUUCCACAUGAUGCACUGCGCCACUCAAUGCGCCGCUCCCAAGCUCUUCAAGGCCCUGCGGUAAAUGGAGAACACGAACAACAAGCAUCCGCACCAUGCUCAACGCCAGCCAAACGAGGAAAAGAGUGUGUUGCAAAUGAAAGUGCGGAGACAGGCCAGGGCAUUUCCCAUCACGGACUUGCCUUGCUGCGCCAAUAUGACAAAAAGAAAGACAAAACAUGAAAAACACGCCGAAGCUUGUAGAAAUAUGUGUUUGAGCCCCCGCGCCCUGCUGCUUACUUGUCCCUCGUGAGAAUCUGGAUUUGUAUAGCAAUUUAGAGAUCAAAAAACCAACCUUCCUGUACCAUCCUCUAAAUGCCCGAAUUUCGUUUUCGACUUUCCUGUUGAU